AUGGCGGACUCGGACAACGAGUCCGGGGGGCAGAACAACAGCAAUGCGGCGGGGAACAGCGAGUUCUCGUCGCCGCGGGAGCAGGAUCGGUUCCUGCCCAUCGCCAACGUGAGCAGGAUCAUGAAGAAGGCGCUGCCGGCGAACGCGAAGAUCUCCAAGGACGCCAAGGAAACGGUGCAGGAGUGCGUCUCCGAGUUCAUCAGCUUCAUCACCGGCGAGGCCUCCGACAAGUGCCAGCGGGAGAAGCGCAAGACCAUCAACGGCGACGACCUGCUGUGGGCCAUGACCACCCUCGGCUUCGAGGAGUACGUCGAGCCGCUCAAGUUGUACCUCCAGAGGUUCCGCGAGAUGGAGGGGGACAAGAGCGGCGGCGCCGCCGGCUCCUCCACCUCGCAGCCCCAGCACAAGGACGGCGGCAACGGCGGAGCCGGGUCGGGCGGCGCUGGUGCAGGCGGAUUCCCCGCCGGAGCCGCGGGCGGGAUGUACCCCGUCGGCGGCGCCGCCGGAGGCGGCAUGGUCAUGAUGGGUCAACACAUGUACGGGACCUCGCCGUCGUCGGGCCCGUACCAUCAUCACCAGAUGGGCAUGGGCGGUGGCGCCGGUGGCGGUGGCGGUAGUGGAGGGAGGGGGACCUUUCCCGGCGGCGGGAGCCCCUCACCCGGCGGUGGACUCGGCAGGCAAGGUAGAGUCUGA